AUGGACGUGUCGCGCGAGCUGACACAGACGAAGGCCUCCACGGCGCGCCCUUCGGCGUGCUUGAUCGUGAUGUGCGGUAAACCGUGUUCAGGAAAGUCAUCCGUCGUUUCGAAGCUUUCCGAACGCCUGCGCGCGCCCGCGCCCGAUGGAGCAAACGCUGAGGUGACGAUAGUGGACGAGGCGAGCGUCAACGCCGGCGCGAGGAACGAGGCGUAUGAGAACGCGGCGAAGGAAAAGAUGACGAGAGGCGCGUUGAGGAGUGCUUGCGAUAGAAUUCUGCACGCUCAGGGACCGUGCGUGAUAUUAGAUUCGUUGAACGCGAUCAAAGGCUUUCGAUACGAGCUCUGGUGCGCGGCUCGAGCGGCGGCGGCGCGAUACUGCGUCGUGUACGUCGACGCGAGCGACGAACGCGUGGCGCAAAUGAAUGACGAGGCGGGAGAGUCUGCGUACGACGAGACCAUACUACGAGACUUGUGUUUUCGGUUUGAACAUCCCAUCGCGAACAAUCGCUGGGAUUCGCCUUUAUUUACAUUUCGACCGGGCCUGGACGCGCCGGGACAUGAAGCCGAUUUGUACGACGCGUUGUGCGCUCACGUACGAGGAGACUCGUCAAACACUACAAAACAAGCGAGAACGCUCGUCCCGAACAAAGCGACGCAAAAUUCACCUUUGAGCGGAACCAAUUUGCGCUAUGAGAUGGAUAGAGCCGCGCAAGAUGUCGUCGAAACCAUCAUGUCGGCUCAACAGAGCAACGGCGGAUCUUGCUGUUCGGUGUACGGUUUCGGCGAAGGUAUGCCCACGUUGCGGUGCGCGCGCGUGCUCACGCUCGCGGAGUUACGACGCAGGAAGCGAGAUUUCUUGCAGCUCGCGUCGAAAUCACUGAAAACAACGACCCACGAAGGUGUGAAGCGUCUGUUCAUCGACGAGUUGCAGAGAGGACUCGCUGCGUAG